ACUAACUAAUGACAUUUCCAUCACCUUCAGCUGUACUUUGUGUUUAGUGCUAAUAGAGAUGAGAAGUGGGAGAAGUGUUUGUUGCCAUUAUAUAGUCCCAUUUCAAAAUUUUCUUUGGUAAACAAUAGCCUGGAUAACAGCAGUCGCACAGGUUCAUGUUAUGACCAACAAGUUCUAAUUGUUGCAACUUAGAUUCUGUGAAAUCCUGUUUUGUCCAUGAUUUUGGAAUCGCGGACAACUUUAAGUACCACAAUACCCAUGAGCCGUGGUCCUUGUUGCUAUGGAGAAGAAUUCAGUCAGAGUUGCGAAUCAGAGCAGCAGCAAAUUCAAACAUACUUGAAUUUGUGAACGAAACACAGCACUGUAGUUGCCACAUGAAUCCAAAAUUGAACCAGAAUCCAAAAGUAAAGUUGUUUAAGCAGCAGAUUGUAAAAUUUGUUUUCUCAACUCCGUGAUCUUUAGCUUUGUUAACGACACGUCAAAGAAUUUUGAGCUCAGUGAUUGGGUGUUUCUGGACAAAAUGCAUCUUGGGAGUUUUAGUUAACUCUUCUGCCAGAGUUUUUUUGUACACAGGCUUGUACCCUGUGUUGUGGCACUGGAGCACCAAAUGUGAGCCGGCUCUAGGCCAUAUAUGGCUGUGUAGGGUUUUUGCUAGUAUUUGGGGGAGCAGAUUUGGACUAAUUUGGGUUAAGAAUUUGUUCAAGUUAUGCCUUUCUGGCACAAUGCUGCCUUCACGCAAUAUUGGCAAAAUGGAAAGAAGAGAAAAACCUCUGUCCCAGUGGGGGACAUUGCUAUCAUAGGCAUUAACUCUGUGAAAAGAAUGGCCUGUAUUUGCCUAGCCAUUCUUUAGGUUCCUGGAAAAUAGACAUAUUUUAUUUGCAAAGAGAGAGCAGGAAGGGGCCAAAAUGGUAAAGGCAGACAGAAAGAGAUUCACAUCCAGUGGGCUAGAUGUCAUAUGGCAAAGCUCAAUAUUGGUUAAUAAAUGAUGGGAACAGGGUACAGAGACUGAGAAGAGAACUAAAACUCUAAUAAAUUACCUUUUAUCUCCUUAAUGAGACAACAUUAAUUUUGGUCUCAAGGUCUGGCAGAAAGCAAGCUGAUUUAUCAUCUGCCUCUAACGGUGUGGGAAUUAGUCUAAUUACUCGGAGUAUGGAGAGCUGAUUUUCACUUCACAGAAAGCCCAUUGUGUACCCAGAUCGUUCAUCAAAGCCAUGGUCGGGAAGUUGUACUGCAGGCUUGCUGGGAAAAGUCAGGUGCAGGUCGACAACGUCCCUGAGGGCCACAUGUGUCACAACAAGCAUGAAAGAAUUGCAGAAAUAGGAAUGGGCACCUAAACACACACACCAGGUCUUUUCAAAUCAUCCAUGCUAUUAGAAAUCUUGCUUAUUUCAGCCCUAUGUACAGUUUAACCUUACUGUUAACAGCAUGGAGCCUUAUCAAUAGGUUAAAAAAAAUGAGGAUCAAGGACCAGUCACCCAGUGGGAGUCAAUAAUGUGCUGACUAGGCCAGCAACUUGCACACAGAGAGCACGAGAGACCUGGAUUAGUUUUAGGACAGAGCAAGCUGUCUCAGAGCUGUGGUAAUGAUUGAAAAAUAUGCCUGUAAUUGCUGAUAAGCUCUUUAAUGUUUCAGUAAACUCCUGUUGGCCGCUAAGUUUACUGACGUAUAACUCCUCGAUAAACUGCGGCUUUGUAGUGCAACAUCAAGGGCCGGCAGCGUCUUUGAACCAAUUGUCCCCACACCACGUAAAGGGUGUGCGCUGCAUUUUGAGAGUUCUACAAAGGGUUCAAGAGGGCAUCUGUUACAGAGGAAGGGGAAGGAAGUGGGUAGGUAGGUUUUAUGUCAGAUUCAAUAUUAAUAGGCCCUUUCAGAAGAGUUUUCACCUGCAAUCAGAUAAUCCAUCUGAUGAACUACAUCCACUACUCCCAGAUUAUGAGGUAGUUGUUGUUGCUGUUGUUUUGUGACUCAAAUGUAGGCAUCAUCUACACUGCUGAAGUGUCCCUCAGCAACAGAGUAAAUACUACUAGUCCAGUUGCAUUGCACUGUGGCUGACCCUGACCUCUGAAAGGUCUUUCCCUAAGGGGAUCAAUACAUUACUAUUGCUGCUAUUCAUAGCUGAGAUGCAAAAGAAAAAAUGCUCAGUUUAUACGUUUCUGUAAUGUCAAACAUGUACCAAUUUGUCUGUUACUUGAAGUGCAAGUUGCAAUGACUUCUGAAGUUAAAGGUACCCUGUGGAGUUUUUCACCACUAUAUUAGAGUUGUGGCUCAAUGUUUUUAUGAGCAAGUUUUGUUUGUUCUUGCAUAUGCGCACAGGGACGCACAUGCAUGCGCACAAUCCCUCAGGUGAUGCAAAAAACAUUCCUGCCAAUGGUUUCACACUAUUCCACUGGUCUAUAUGUAGCAGUAACACACCAAGAGACUAAUGUGCCAACAAAUUUGGCUCGGAAGGACAUUUUAGACAUCAAUGAUACACACAAUGAGUUUUAUUGAGUAACACUGAAUGUAAACAUAACUUUUGUUUGUUUGCAAUAAAUCUCAACAGGACAUAUAUAAAUGCUAUAGGAAACGUCCUGCACCUUCAGGAAGGUGUGAUAUAUGCUUAUCUUAGGAUGCAAGUACAACAGGACAACUGACCCAGACUCACAGGGACACCAGAAUCCCUGGAUUAACUGCAUAUUAAUUGUUGCAGAAAAGUUGAUUCAUUUAAAAUUUACAACAGUGAAGUUCAACAACUAAUUUUCCCCUGGAGCCCCCAAACAGGUUAAUCCAGGCAUGAGAGCCCACAUCUCACAAAACAUCCUAAAAUCAGCAUUUAUUUAUUUACUUAUGUGCUUAUUACUUACUAACCAAGUUGCUUGCUUGCUUUUUAUCAGUUUAAAUCAUUUAAAGCUGAACCCUACCCUGUAAAUCAAGUGUGCAAAUGCACAUUUUCAGGACAGGACUAAUCUGAAAAUAGAUAUUCCAAAAGAAUUUAUAGCAUUUUUGGGGCCUUCUUUUGUUUUUAUUAUUAAAAAAUACCAAUAUUGGACCAGCAGGCUUAUAUGCACACACAUCUUACCCCACCAUUUGAUCCCUUCAAGGAGAAAACAGUGUGCAAAGCGCUGCUCAGACGCAGGCAGCUGACACUGGAAGCAGGGCCGCAGUUUCAGGCACUGAUUCAAUUUAAUUUGUGCGCCUCUGUCAACAGGCCUGGGUGACGGAUUUACCCCUGGCCUGCCUAUUUAAAUUACUUUCAAAUCAUAAAAGCAAGGGAACGAGGCUUCGGGGGGAAGAGGUUGAGAGAAACAGGCAGAAAGCAGCACUGAUUUCCCUGGAGCAAAUUACCUCUAUAUCAGCGCCAGAGACAGGCGGUAAUCUGCCUGAUAGAGAGCUGAGGGUGAGAGAGCUGCUGUGGUGAAGGAGAAAGAGAGAGAGAGAGAGGAGUGGGCGGACCUGCAAGACCGCUCCAAUUUUCUGGAGGUCAACUAUACGCACGCGCACACGCAUAACAUAUCAUGAGCAGGGGUCCUUGAAAAGAUUCCUCCAUGCAGUAGUGUUUUAUUCAUAUCUGCAGAAUGGAUUUCAAUUUCCUGAGAUUUAGAGGUUCCUGGGUGGAGGCCGGAGCUGCCGUUUGGAUUAGACUGUAACUUUGUGACAUCUAAGACAAAAACAAGACUGACCGUUUGUUAUUGAAGGCGUUAACCACCAAUGAAGUGAUGAAGCCACGAAUAAACUGAUAAAACUCCUUGAAUGAAUGGCUUUAAGACCAAAUUAGACUUGUGAUGUUCAGUUCUAGAGGGAUUAUUUGAUUAUAUCCAAUCAUCAUAGUCAAUAUUGUCUGAUGCACAACUGAUAGACAGGCAGGAGAAUAAAGUUAUGCAAAAGAAGAUAGUAAGGGCCCAUGAGGACAUUGAGGUCAUCUCCUUGAUAAAGCAAAAACUAUGAACGUACACAUGGUGGGCAUACAGGCCUCCAGAAUCCCAUUUUUUAAUAGUCAGUAAAGUAGUCAAAUUUGACUGUGUUUAGGCCAACAAAUGAGUGAGUAAAUAAAUAGAUUCAGUCGUCCCCCAUCAGAAUUACAAUAUAUUCAUGGCAGUGUGAAGAAGACUCUCAAACAGCAUUUAGAGCAUCUUGUCAAAACUUACAGAAAAUGUGACAGAAUCUUUCACUAAAUAGACAUAAAAAAUAUAGAAACUUUCUCUCUUAAAUUUCAGUUUGGGGAUGUUGGGUGUAACUCAACUCUAAAAUUCUGGCUCAGCCCUGACUGUCUAAAGCGCUAAAAAUAAAUAAAGUUAUUUAGCAAAACAAGGUUUCCUUCAUAAAGAUCUGGAGCUCAAUGGCUGAAAACGGUUUUCGAUGUAUUUAGACUGUGUGUGGGAAUUUAAAUAUUCAGCAUCUUCUUUUGCACAAGAUUUCAUAAAUGUUGAGCAUCAUAUAGACCCUUGUUUGCGUUGUAUCAGUGUGCAGAUUCUCAUUGUAAUAUUGCUGGAUUUAAAAUUUCACAUAAGAGGCAGACAUUGUCUUAAUUCACGUUUUAACACAUUGAUUUUGUCUUCAGACUGCAGUUUAAGACUUUAAUAUAAGCUACAGUGUUAUUAUUUUACUAGUCUUUAUAAAUAAGAUUUUUGUCAGUGAAAUUACAAUGAACAGGUUAGACCACGUGUAUUGCAUGUGGUCUAACAUACAUGUAACCUGGUUUAAAAGAAUAAGUCAGACUGAUGCACCUUAGCUUUUUCAGGUCUUAAAAUGGCAUUAGUUCACAUUAAGCAGAAGGCCAAUUAACUUAUAGCCUCUCCUGCCAAGUCAUUACACUUUUAUACGGUUUGUGUGCAAUUCUUAGUCGUAAACUUUAAUGGCAACGGUAUGGCCUUAUGAGAAUGAAGCAAGCCAUUAAUAUUAAUGAUUUAAAUACUGGACACAAUGUAUGUAUGUGUGUGUGUGUGUGGGGGGGGGGGGGGGUUAACAUCACGCAAAUGAAGGUACCCAAUAACAUUAAGACUGCUGAAAAACCGUAUUUCGUGCUAAGGUGUGGAAGAUAUUCGCACCACUGAUUUGCACAAUCAAAGCGAUGUAUUUCUAUGUUUAUGGCAAAGGAGAUGCAAUCUGUGGUGAGUACGAGGAGCUGGCAGUAAGAUAGAUACUGAAAAUACAAUUGGCUAAUCUUCUAAUGUACCUCCGAGCUUUGAUGCAGUUGAAGGUGUUUGCAGGCGGGACAAGGGUUGGACAUUACCUCACUCAGAAUGCUUUCUGGGGUGAGAAACGAGCGAGUAAUUAGCUGAUUAGAGGCCCGUCAGAGCGGCUCAGCUUCCAGCCAAUCCCAGCUCACACCGGCCUGCAGGGGUGGAGAAGGACGGCUGAUGGAGUGAGACACAUACCUCUGUAGUUUGUGAAGUUGGUAUUAAACACCAGGACAGACGCAAUCCUGCAAAGUGACAUGUGCUAGGUAACAUCUGUAAACUAUAGUCGCAAGGAAAUAGAUUAAAGGACGCAAACGUCAGUAAUUCAGUCUGUCAGAAAGGUUUUUUUUCUAAGAUCAUUAGUCGUUAAGAUACAAGCUGAUAAUGUAUUAAUGCUUAUUUUUGAGUAGUAGGUCUAUAACUUGUGUUGUUGUGACCCGUCCAGCUCGAACUUUUGAGAAAACACAAGGAAGAACAUGAGUUUGUGAGUGGAAGAGGCUCCGCUCUAGGCGCGCUGACGCACGGCACAGGUGCGCACCCGCCAAACUUGGCACGUUUGUUUCUUUAAGACUCUGCAGUCCGCCCGAGUGAAGCGGUCAUGGAGAAAUCGAAAAACUUCAGAAUCGACGCCCUGCUCGCCGAUGAGACGAACCGGGGCAGCCGAGACCUCUCCCCUGGUCUGAGCAGCGACAGCCCCGCGGGCAGCCCGGUCUCCUGCCGCCGUGCGGACACCCCAUCUCCGCGGGCCGCACAACUUCAGACCGGAAUAAUCCCCAAACCGAAUAUUCUAAAUCUCCCGCACCAAGGACUCGCUUCACUGCCACAGGGGGCAAUUCCCGCCAUGUAUCCUGCACCCAUGUACCCAUUAUCAGCUUUGGGUGCCCAGCACCCCGCGUUCACAUACAACGGUUUCACGCAUCUAACACAGACCUACCCAGAGCACCUGAAGGCGGCUGCCAUGGCAGGAUCUCUGCCCCUGGAGCACUGGAUCCGCGCUGGGAUCAUCAUGCCACGACUGCCAGAUUACAGCUCGGGCCCUCAGUCUGGUCUGUUGGGGAAGUGCCGGAGGCCCCGGACCGCCUUCACCAGUCAGCAGCUCCUGGAGCUGGAGAACCAAUUCAAACUCAACAAGUACCUGUCCAGACCCAAACGCUUUGAAGUGGCCACCUCACUCAUGCUGACUGAAACACAGGUCAAGAUCUGGUUCCAAAAUCGGAGGAUGAAGUGGAAGCGCAGUCGGAAGGCGAAGGAGCAGGCCUCUGCCUCGACCCAGUCUGAAGCUGAGCGACUACGCAGCGGAGGCAAAACGGCCACCAACAAAUCCGAUGAGAGCAGACGACCCGUGAAUCCGGACGACAGAGGGAUAGAUCUGGAUUUGGAGGACGGUGAAGAGGAAGAAGAGGAGGACGAGGAGGAGGAGGAAGAGGAGGAAGCCCAGCAUGGUUUUUCUGUUGCUAUGGGUAACGGCGUCGGGAUGCCACGAUCCACGGACUUCUUGCAGCGUGGCACCGAUGUUGGCUACAAUCCCCACAGCCCUUUCUCUGAUGACGAGCUGGACGGGGUGCAAGUGGGAGGAGGCGACAGGAAGAUUGGGGCAGGACUGUGAAAAGACUUCUACACCGAGGAAACUCUGGUUUGAUUUCCAGAAUGUUAACGACAGAGACACUUGGACAUGUUUGAGUUUGUGGUCAUGAGGGAAGACAGUUUCCAGACCUAAAAUAUCUUUUAUCUGAUCUGCUCUGUGAAUGAUUAUCUAUUCCAAUCAGGACUUUUUGUUGGAAUCACUCAUUAUUCACGCAGCUACCAAACGCUCUCCCAGACGAGAGCAAGUCUGUCCUCCCGUGUCCAAACAGACACAUGAUUACGACACAAAUAUACUGUAUAAACUAUCUGUGAAUAAAAUCAUCUCUAAGCACUGUACAUUUCAUAGCAUGCCGGGGGG